UCCGACCGGGCUUUUGUUUUGCGUGCAGGCAUAGCUGCAUACGCGUACGAAGCAGUUGCUGUGCUGGUUCGUGUUUUGAAUAGACACAACCACCUCUGGAAGCAACGCGGAUUGCUGGAAACUGAUACAGUUCCUCUUUGCAGGGAGAGGCUUGCCCGAUGGAAGCACGGCCGAUACUCUUUGAGGUCAGAGUGAUAUAGCGCCAAGCUAGCUGGUGUUCACGUUCAACAAAUAGCCUGGCAAUUGACGCGAUCUAGCCGUGGUUGUUUUGCGGCUUGGCAAUAAUAAAUGCGAGGUUCGGAGUCGGACAUGAUAAUUCUCGUGUCUUGGUCGCUGACCGCUCAAAACGGGAGAAAAGCACUGCAGUGCAGCGUGUACUGUCGAACCUUGGACGCGCUGUCGAUGUCAGCGGAGCACCCGUCUGACUGCUAGCGGGAGAAACUGAGAGGGACACACACCCUAGUGCAGCCUGGGCAGGCACCGUUCGAGGGCCGGGAGUAAUGGCGGACAGACGCCGGCAGCGGGAGCCGUUCGCAUCGACCUAGACUAGCUUGCAAGCUGCGUUCGUCGCUGGCGCAGUCCCGACCCGGCGUGUGAGGGCCGCUUGAGGCCGGGAGACUGGUCUGCUCCGCACGCAACAUGGACUCGUCACCAUCAGCAUCCACCAACGCCACCACCAACACCACCGGCCUUCGCACCUCUGCUUCGGCGGACCUCAGCAGCCAGGGCAGCAGCAGCACCAACCCGCUGACGUCAAGCUCCAGCUGGUCAUCGGGCAACAACGCCGACGUGCUGGUUAGAAAGACGGUCUUCACAGGAACGCUACGGCCUGUCACCAACACCAGCAAGAAGAAACGAAAGGGAGCAAGCGAGGACGGUGCCGGCUUCCAGAACUACCUCCUUACGCACGUCACAAACGGAGCGUCAGUGGACGUUGCCAUAUCCUACGUAGUCCUGACCUCAGUGAGCGGCGAGAGUACCACCAUCAGCGCAGGCGGCCAGACCGUCACCUCACUGCCGGGCACCAGCGUACCCACACUCUGCAUUGAGCAGCAAGCCGCGGACACAUCGCCACAAACCCACCGCUCCAAGACCCUGUCUCGCUUGGCACCAUGGCGCAAGCCCAAACCGCAACGCACCUGCUUCGAGGCGGAAAGCAGCGAGGACCUGGAGAUGUGGUUCUGCUGGAUACGCUAUCUGCUGCAGCCGCAAAACGAGUACCUGCCCGUGACUGUGUCCAGCGAGUCGGCGAGCACCAGCAAUCCGUACCGGGGUCCAGCGCUGAUGACUCUACGCGAGGACACCAUCAUCGGAAUCAUCCACCCGAGCACGAUGAACAUGGUGGAGGUGAUCCGGUUCAACGUGAUCACGGCCUUUGGCAACGAGGACGACGACACUACCCUAUGGCUGAAUGUGUGCCCGACCUGCCGCGCCGGCCCCGCAUUCGCCGACGUUUCCAGCGAGUCGACACGCUUUGCCUGCAAGUAUGCUUUCCAACCGGCCAGCGAGGACAUCCACCGAGCGCUUUAUGGCCGGCUGAGGAAGGCAUGCUCGGAGGUGUGCGGAAAGGUGUGGGAGAUUCCCCAGCAGCAGGGUAGGCAUGCGUCGCUGUUGGAGACCGCGGGGGCGUUGGCGUCACCGUCAGCAGUAGAGGCGUCGAGAUGCUUGUCUCAGCCAGUCAACGGCAGUGGUGGCGGCGUAACCCAUGCCAUACUCUGCCGUCACUCCGUGCUCUGCAAGAAUAGUGCGUGGAAGCUGCCUCUCUCGCAGGACCUGUUGCACGACAUGGUCGCGCCGGUCCUAUGCUCCAACUGGAGGGAGGUGGCGCGGAGAGCCGGUUACAGUGCAUCCACCGUCGACAGCUGGGCGGAUCAGUUUGACACGAUGCUGGUGAUUCCGCCGCCGGGCCAGCCGGCCACCAUCACGUCGUCUCAGGAGGCGAUCGUCUUCCUGCUCGAGUGGCGACACACUACCGACAAUGACAUGUUGCAUCAGCUAGUGCGCCUGCUGAAGGCACUGGAGCUGGUCUAUCAGCUCAAUCUGCUUCUCUGGGCCUUGUACAAUGAACGAGUGCAGACACGGCCCGACUCGCCCAUGGAUCUGGAGAGUAGGUGCGCGGCGCACAGCAUCAGCCUGUCGACAGUCAUGGAUGACGACGACGACGAUGACGACGACGGUAACGACACCAACAACUCGGGCAACGAAUCGGACGACGAGGCCAGCAGGCAUAUGCACUCGCCGCCGUCUCGCCUGGCUGCCGAUAUCGACAUUCCCGACCACAUACCCAGGGAUAUGUUACAAUUCAUACACUUUGGUGCGGCGGCUGCUGCGGCUGCUGGAGGAGGAGGCGCUCGCGCAACGAAUCCGUCCGCGCUGCUGGAGCCGAAUCGUGCCAGCGUGGCGCCGACACCCACCAUUGACAGCCUGGACUCUGCGGACGAUCACGUGCCGCACGUCAGUUCCGCGCAUGCUGCCGUCGCCACGGCGACAAUCCACCUCCAGGGGGACGCGCCCGCGCCACCAGUUCCGUCUCGCCAGGCCCUGGCCAGUGCUGCCGACGACCACAGUAGCAAUUCAGACGCGGAGCACAGAGAGUCGAUCAGCAGCUUGGAGGAAAACCCGCUGGCGUUCGGGCACGACAUUGUCAACUCGCCCAUGCACGCUCAGCGCGGUAGCCCGAUGACGCCCGAGCAUCCAUGGCGUGGCACGCCGGUGGCAAUGCCCUACUGCCACCACUCGCACUCGCAACAGUCCCCCGUGCAGGAGACGCGCAACGGCGGAAAGCUCGAACACGACAGCUACGCUCCCGGCACUAGUUGGCUCACGUUCGGCGCGGGCCGGAGUGCUUCUCCGAACAGCUUCCUCGCACCCGCACCGGAAAAGGGUCUGGCAAGUUCGUCUCUCCAGCUGCACAAUGUGCCUGGCGAGGUCAGUGGCAGAGCUUGGUCGCAGUCUCCAACGAAAACGGUAGCUUCUAAAACUGAUAUCACGACAUUUGCGUCCGCAGAGCGUGGAGGGGGCAAGUCAUGCCAAGACGGUAGCGAUGACGGCGAGCUUCAGAGCUCUGUGUACGAUGACGACGACGUUAAUACAGGGGAAACGCAUCGUCCGCUGACCGGCAAUAGCAUAUCGUGCGAGAGUCGCGCCACGUGGAUGGCAAACCGGCCGCUCGCGGCGCCCGCGCAAGCGGCACCAUCACCACCACCGCCACGACAAGCCAGUCGGUCGUCGCCGCCGCCACCGCCGACGCAUGGGGGAAGUCCCCUGGGCUCACCGCACGUCCAGGCGGGCACCGGUGGCAAUGGAAUGAUGGCGCUGAACAUGUCGCAGUGCUCGCAUCCUCGCCCCAUUCCCGCCGCCGGUGGUGCACCGCCGUUGCACGCUACACAGCCCCGCACGUCCGCCGGUACGCCAGCGCUACCGUCCACUCAGCAAAGCGUGGGCUCGCUGCAGAUUUACAACAACAUCGACGGCUUCUCCCCCGUUCAGUACACCCCACCGCCGACGUCGGCAUCGCUAUCGCACGAACGACGCACGCCGGAAGUGUUUGAAGUGGGCUUCGUCGACGUCGAGAUCGACACGAGCAGCAACGCCACCGCCACCGCCGCCCCAGCUCCUCCGCCACGGGCCCCAGCCGGAGUGCCGAGCGCCCACGGCAACGGCGAACGGCAGCGCGAGCGUCGCCGUCAUAGCACCGGGGCGUCCGGCGCCUACGUGCUCCCUUCGCAGCUGAUGCGUUUCCGCAGCUUCCAGAACUCCACGGCGGCGGUGGUGUCGGCUGCCAACGCCAGCGUGCGGAACAACCCUGGAGGGUUUCAACCCGCACACCACCACCACCAACACCAACACCAACAGCCUGCAUAUCUUGAGCUGACGUGCACCCCGGGUGAUGGGCGCAGUUCGGAGCGAGUACCGUCGCGGCCCGACAGCACGCCGUCGUUUUACAUCGAUCAGCGCGAGUGGUCGGUCAUCGAGGCCGAGGCUGACUCCUGCAGCAAGUCCAGCUCGUUUGUCACCAUUCCCACCAGCUUUGUCAACGUCCACACGUCUCAAGAGUUUGAGAACGCGUACAGACAGGGCGAGGUGGCUGCAUGGACCACCUCACUAGAACCGGAUGAUGGCCACUCACCAUCAUCAAGACCCGACCCCAGCUCCUUGUCGCUAUCCCUGGAUACACCGGGUGCUGUGCAGCGCCAUAACCCGAUCCCUGGCCAGGCUGCCACGGCAACGAUGACGGCAGCACCGGCAGGCGCUGCCACGGCGAAAUCUUUGUCGUCGCCGCCGACGUGCGCAGUGCCACCGCCGCCUCUGCCGCCGUUGCCCCCGACGACCGGCUCCGGCGGCUACAACCGCAGCCACAGCAGCGGCAGCUGCAGCAGCAUGGUCGACUCUCCGAUAUACCUGAGCAGCAGUGCUGGGCAUGUGGCAGUGGCGAGCAGUACUGGGCCGACGCUGGACCGGGUGCCUUCUAAACAGAUUCGUCUGGGGAUGAUACACCGCCUGGCGCAGCACAUCGUCAGUCGCCACGGUGACGACUGGGUGCUACUGGCCUACGAGCUCGGCCUCACCUUUGCCGAGGUGGAGUCGCUGGAGGCGAGCUACGGGCGCAUGGUCGAGCGUAUCUACCGCCUCAUGCAGUCCUGGCUGGACGAGAACGGGUCGGAGGCGGCCAGCAAGCGCACGCUGGUCGGCAUACUGCGCGACCUGAAGUGGCAGGACUCCGCCGAUCUGCUGGCGGAUCUUCUGGCCAGACAGUGUAGUAGUCAUUAUUUAUCUACUCCUGUCGUGGACAUACCCAGCCCUGCACAGAAGCCAGCUCUGGAGAGUACUGCCGGGGUGGUAAUGGGCGCCGACCCGGACAACCAUGUUUUCCACACGGGAAGUAUUGACUAGAGGUGUGUGUGUGUGUGUGUGUGUGUGUGUGUGUGUGUGUGUGUGUGUGUGUCCGUGUGUGUGUCAAAUCCUUGCCGGUGAUAUACAGAGUGCAGGGGUAGAGGACACCCUCCCUCUCCGACGAUAGUGAUUCGAAUGCGUGACUGCCACCUCUAGGGUCGCUAUGAGCGCUUAACUUUAUCAUUCCAUUGAUUGAACGUACCGGUCCAGCAAUAUUGACUGACUUCCAUGGGUUUCGGCCGAACCGAACUGUGUGAGACAGUGCACGCUAGCUUACCAGAGUGAGCGGGGCUGUAUUAUGUCUUUGUGUGUGAGGGAGUGUGUAUGCGUGGGCAAUGUCGUGGCUGGGAAUGUGCACCGAGGGCCCGGCUCAUGUUUGGACUUUCAAUUUUCGUGAUCCAAGAUUUCACACAUGAUUUCGACCUAUUUCCACUGCAGCCAUUUUUUGUAGAUACAAGUUCAGGCAUAAUCCAAAAUGAUGGUCUGAGCUGCCGCUGAUAACUUCCCCAUGAUUACGAAGAGCCUUUCUUAUGAGCUGAUAAUCAUCAUUUCUUUUUAAGAUUUUCCUUAUCAGUUGCAUUUUUUAAAACUUUGAAGCUCCAUUGUAGCCCUGUCAUAAUUAUUUUCAGUACACCCAACUUGCACUGGGCACACAAACAGUCCUUGGCUACACUGCUCGUACAGUAACUUGUCCAAAAUUCCACCCAGGAGGGCUCUCA